AUGGCCUUACGUGCGAAGACAAAGUUGGGCUUCAUUGAUGGAAGCAUCAAGAGAUCGACAUCACAUAAGGUAGAUUACCUGAAUUGGGAGAAGGCAGACUCGAUGGUGAUGGCUUGCAUCAUCAACUCCGCCAAUCCGAACCUACAUGGGAGUAUCUCACGUGCCGCCACCGCAAGAGACGUAUGGCUUGAUCUUGAAGAACGCUUUGCACAAACCAAUGCACCUCGUAUUCAUCAACUAUGGUGUUCAUUGUGCUUGAUGGAACAAGAACCAUACACUAGCGUUAUAGAAUUUUACACCAAGUUCAAGACUCUUAUUGAUGAACUAAAUGAACAACAGCCAUUACCAGAAUGCACUUGUAGAGCUUCUAAGGAACUUAGCCAAAGGGAAGAGGAUCAUCGUGUUCACUUAUUUCUUGGAAGUCUUGACAAUGAGCGGUUUGCUCAUGUUAAAGCCACCAUCAUUAACACAGAUACUUUACCCUCACUUCGGCGCACCUUUAAUUUUAUUUUGAGGGAAAAAACGCGAUUCACAGCAGAAAAAGAAAGGAAUAACAAAGUUGAGUCGGGAUCAGCGUUCUACUCAUUCCGCACCAGCAAGCAGAAAGGGCGAGAUGGGUCCAAGCUAAAGUGUGAUCACUGCGGCAAGGUUGGGCACACCAAGUCAAAGUGCUUCGAACUAGUUGGAUACCCAUGUUGA